AAAUUACACAAUAAUUUUUUAAUAUACCAAAAUCUUUACAAAACAUUAAUGAAGAAAUUAUUAAUGAGAAUUUUAGUUGUAAUAUAAAGGAAUAAAUUUUAUAAUCAAUAGAAGAUAUUAAUAUUAAAUAAGAGGACUUUUAAUAAAAUUUAAAAUAAUAAUAUGAAAGUAAAGAUGAUUAAUAUUUACAUUAUUCCUAUAUGUUUCAUUUGCUAAAUAAUCAUUUUGAUGGACUGAAUAAAUAUGAUAUAAUGGCUUUUUUAAGUAAUUUGGGUGAGGAUAUAGAAGAAUAGGAAUUAGAAGAAAUUAUUUAAUAUUAUGAUAAAGAUAAUAACGGAAGGUUAAAUUAUUAAGAAUUCAUGUAAAUGAUUUGUCAUGAGAAUAUGUAAACUAAUUAAGAUAAUGAUAUAUGAU